GAUUUCAGUAGACGAUACUGAAAGAGAUUUUAACGGGACAUAGGGGAGGCAGGGUGGGAGGUGAGGAGCAAAUCAGCUGGCCGGGUUUAGCGGUUUACUACACGCCAGUCCAACAAGGAACGCCGCGACGAAACCACGGUGCUGCCUAGACUGUGUUACACGAGUUUCUUUUGAUGAUGCGUCACUGACCAUCUGCCAGUGCUGCUUGUGGCGUGCAGUGGUGACUCGUGCGGGUGUGUGAGGAGACGCUUUGCUGACGUGGACUAUGCUUGCGUGACUCAGGUUCCAUUUUAUACAGAGUAGAUCCGCUAACAGUCACAGUUGACAGUACUUAUUGUGUGGAGUGUUACAACAGCCAACGAACAUAACUAUUCUGAAAGCAUAAUGCUCGGGAGAAACAUUCUUCAUUUGUGGAUGGUUGUGGCGGUGGUGGUGGCGGCCACGGCCGUAGAGGUGACCCUCGCCUCCACCCAAGCAAACACAGGUGGCAAGAGCGACACCUCUCGUCUACAGGAGGUCCAGGAAGAAUUUCUAAAUGUUGUAGGCAAUUCGACGAUGUCUAUCAAAACUGUAGGUGACUUGAUGGUAAUCCUUCACUCCCAGACCGGCCAGCACAUGGGUCGCCUGCUGAUGGAGGGCAUCAUGCUGGGUGCCGUUCAGAAAGACACUGGAGCGCUUCUCUCAGAUUUUUGGACUCGGCUGCAGGGGCGCCUCCCUCCGGAACUCCAAGACGUAAUUAAAGAUUACAGCGACUUCUUUGGAGGCUUGGACCUCGCAACCUUACCCCUCGCAUGGGACAAGUUGUUCAAAAAAGAUGAAUUCGGAAACAGCCUGGCGGAGAUGCCCAUGGGCCAAUUAGUGGAUCUUCUGCAGCCCACCGCUUCGAGAUAUGGCGUGGAUCUGACGGCAUUCAUGAACUCAGUAAUGGGAAAAAGUGAAAACAACUUACGGGACCUCAUCUAUGGCGCUCUUGAUAACUUAGAUGUGAUGUCUCUUGUGUCACGAUUUCUAAACUCCACAUCUGCGGGCACCAGCGUGGAGACGACAGACACUAACACAGAGCAGACUUCAAGGACCAAACCUAAGACUGGAGGAAAGCCCAAGAAAGGAAAAGCAGACGCACCUCUGCGACUCUUCAGACCUUUAAUAACGUCACUGUUGCGUGAGAAUAAGAUUGAUCUGGAUGCUGAUGCAGUACUGGAGGUGUUGUCGCCCUUGCUGAGCGGAGACAUGCUUUCCCAGGCUGCUCCGCUACUGGCUGCUCUUGGUUCCCAGGCCGGUGAUGGCCUCGGGCCUCUCAUUGGCAACAUUCUGGGAGGUGAAGAUGGGAAAGACACGCAGAAGCAAAUGGGUGCUCUCCUUGGCGGAGUGGGAGCCCUACUUGGGGGUGGAGGUGACCAAAGGAUGGAUCUCGCCUCUAUGAUGACCAUGGCGUCCAUGUUCAUGAACACCGGCAAAUCGAAUAAAUCUAACAGAGGCAAGAAGGAAAAAAGCACAAAAGAAAGUCCUGCUAUGGCGACAAAACCUGAUCUCGGCACACUGGCGAAUCUGGCUGGGAAAUUAGCAGAAGACAAUGACAUCGACAUCAAUUCGCUCUUAGAGACAGCAAGCAGUCUUCUGACUUCAAAUAAGAAGAAAAAUACCCCGAAGACAGAGGAAAUCAAGCAGGAAACUGCUAAACCCAUUGCGCAAAAGCCUCCCAAGGAAAAGAUAGACUCGCAGAAGGAUCGGGAUCAAUCCACAGCGUCGUCCAAAAGAGACAGCAAACCCAAACACCUUAUUGAUUUGGUGGAAUCAAUUCUUCUCUCCAUGCACACAGACAAGCAGUGCAACAGGAAGAUAAAGGACGCCAUUCUCUUCACCAAGGCUUUCCUGAACAAGAAAAUGUCAGGUGUAGGGGAUUUGACUGAGUUACUGCCUCGUCUUGUGGCUAUGAGUGGCUCAGAUUUUAUUAGUAAAAAUGAUCUGGACAAUCUAAUGGUCACGUUGAAGAGAAAUUUGGCUCACGCAACUUGGACGGACUUGUUUGAAAGUUUACAAAGAGAGGAGUAUCGAGAUGGCCUUGGUCAGUCAAUCACCCCUGCCUUAGCAGACCUGGUCAUAUUGUUGGCCUCCAGUGAGGUCCAGCAGCGGCUGUACGAGGCCGCCGUGCCCAGGACACAAGCCCUCUUCUCUGCAUACGGCAUGCGAGGAGUCACCCUGGACAACUUUCCUGAGCUCGUGGCUCCCAUGAUGGGCCUGAUGGUCAGAGGAUGGGAUCUGCCAUUCAAGCCCACUGCCUUCCUCGUGCCGCUGAGGAACUAUCUGCAAGGCCUUCGCGAAUGGGUGGUGGCAGGUCUGGCUAGUGUGCAUGACCUGCAGUCAAAGGAGCUUGUUCAGGCUGUUGUGAGAGCAACACUGAAGGAGGUUGGUGACGGAGUAAUGACUGUGGCCAAAAAGACGAGAGGAGCCAAGAGGGCGUGUUUACCUCUGGUGCUGUGCCGCAUCAAUAGAGUUAUGGAACAUACCUCACUGGCCGCUGCCGCAACUCGCACCGCCAGCUUGGUGUUCGCCACGAGACCCGCCCUCGAGGAGGCCGACUCAGCCUUGCUGAUGAAAAUUGUACAAGCAGCGUCAGGCAAGGUGGACACGUGUGAGGAAAUGUUCUCGGAGGGAUGCACUUACCCUACACCAGAGGAGGCAAACCAGGCAUAUGAGCACAUAGAGUUGUGAGUGUGAUGGAGAGGCAAACAGGGUAUAUAUCAUAAUUCUGAGUGUAGAUUGAUAUGAUCUACAUGAUUAAAAAACUCAUCAUGUGCACACACACAUUUAACUGUUCAUUGUCACAAACAGGAAUGUAUUUCAGUUGUACAUAUUCUGUGAGGGCAUUCAUCUAUCUAAGAUAGUAUUACUCUUUAAAGUGUAUUUGUAAAUAGGUAAUACAUCACUGAGUAUGUAUUUAUAAACCUUUAACCAUAUUCUUUUUACAGCUGUCCUUUGUAAGGAAUUUUUUGUACUGAACUACAGUUUGUAAGUGGUUUUAAAUGAAUUUCAUUCUCAGU